UAAAUGGUUAUCUAAACGCUGUUUACAGAGUGUUGUGCGUGUGCUGUUAAGCUCACUUGAUCCUGUUUGUGCUCGCCACUUCCCAACGAACAUAACUUGGUAAAAAUAACAUUAAUGCUAGCUAACGUUGUUUAGAGCAGCUACCUGGCUUAACCGAGGCUGUGCAUUGACAACAGUGUUGCAAAUAUCACGCAUUCGUAUUCUAGCUCAACUUUGUUGUCUCUCACAGUUUCGGGACUAACAAUCUGACGUUCGUUAGCUUAAAUUAAACUAAUGUCUGGAUACUAACGUUAAAGUGUUUGGCUACAAUAGCAUGCCUAGCUUGAUGAUAAUUACAAAUUCCAAUGAAUAGCUAAGUAGGCAUUCAGACUUCCGUCAAAUUGUUAGAUGAAGCUAGCCAGUAUGUUCCAGUGAGACGUUUGCCUGGGCAUGCCCAGUUCAAUCAGUACAGUCGAUUUGCUUCAAUGCUGAAAACACAUUACCUUAGACCAGGAAUAGUCGCUGGGCAAAAUCAGUGAUUACCACACAGAGUAAAAGUUAGUUAUCAGAAGUUAAACAUUGGAUUUAGAAGUACCUCGAAGACGUUGUGGAUUUUACAACAGUGCUCAUGAAUUCUACAUGCAGUGCCAUGUGAAAGGUCUGUCACUGAGCAGCUAAUGUUAAUGUUAGAGAUCUUCAACCCUAGAACCAAAGACGUUAAAGCCCUGCUUGAGUCCAUCCUGCACAACAUACUUUCGCAUUGCGGAUGUCAAGGUCACAAUGAUGGAGCAGAAUAGAAAGACACUUUGAUCUGUGGCAAAUGCCUUCAGAGGGAUUGUCUGGGUUUUAAGUCUGGCAGUGGAUUGUGGAAGAUUUGGUACAGGCCUGAGGGUAUGUUGAGACGUCUCGCAGGGCCAGAGAAGAGGCGUCUAGGUGGUUCGGACGGGGACUGAAGGCGAGGAGGAAAGACGGACCAGGGAGGAAGACAUGGGUCAGUGUGUCACCAAGUGUAAGAAUCCAACGUCCUCACUCGGCAGUAAGAGUGGCGACAAGGAGAGCGGCUCCAAGUCCCACCACAAGAAAGGAGGCAGUGCUGGUGGUGGGGGCCCCAAAGAAGAGCCCAGUGCACUGAGUAGCAAAGCCACCAGCGAGCUGUCGAAUGGCACCAAGCCGUUGGAGGUUACAGUGGAGACACCCGUCAUCCCUGCGGUGAUGGGGGAACCACGCAAGGACGAGUGUCUGGAUGGAGAUGGGCUGUCAAUGCUGCGCAUUGAGGAGUUGUUCCGCUGCUACAAGGAUGAACAGGAAGAUGCCAUCUUGGAGGAAGGCAUGGAGAGUUUUUGUAAUGACCUGUGUGUGGACCCGGCUGAGUUCCGUGUGCUUGUUCUUGCCUGGAAGUUUCAAGCAGCCACCAUGUGCAAGUUUACAAGGAAGGAGUUUGUUGAUGGCUGCAAGGCCAUUCAGGCAGACAGCCUUGAGGGCAUCUGCUCACGUUUCCCCGUCAUGCUGCAGGACGCCCAGGGCGAGGAGAACUUCAAGGACCUGUACCGCUUCACCUUCCAGUUUGGCCUGGACGCCGAGGAUGGCCAACGCUCGCUGCAGCGCGAAAUAGCCAUCGCCCUGUGGCGCCUGGUUUUCACCCAGGACUCGCCUGCGAUCCUGGAGCACUGGCUGGACUUCCUGUCGGAGAACCCCUCAAGUAUUCGGGGCAUCUCAAGGGACACAUGGAACAUGUUCCUGAACUUCACCCAGGCUAUUGGGCCUGACCUGAGCAACUACAGCGAGGACGAGGCCUGGCCAAGCCUCUUCGACACCUUCGUGGAGUGGGAAUUGGAGCGUAGGAAAAAAGAGGAGGAACAGGCACUGAUGGCAAAGGAGGAAGAGGGGAGGUGUACUGAGACAGAGUGUUCUCCCACCACAGAUAGACUUGAAACAGAGGGAAGCCGCGGCUCACAGACAUGGGGGGGCCACUGACCAGGAAUCAAGAAACAUUUUUAAGGGAGGAAAGGAUAUGAUCUACAUCUGAACUGUACAUCUGUGAAUCAUUGGAUGAAUAUUAGUAUUAUCAUUACGGCUGUUCAUUUUGCUCUCCUUUUCUGUUGGGUGGGAUUCCUGCUUUGCACCCUUAUUUUUUUGGUUUUUGAAAGGGCUCGAAGAACUUAUGUUUUAAGCACUUCUAUUUAAGUUAUUGUUUUACUUUUUUUUUUUCCUCCCAUGUGUGUUUUAGUAAUUGGACAUGUGGUCCAUUUUAACCUCCACCUACCUACCAUAACCCAGCAGAGUUAGGUUGGUUUUAAAAACAGGCAACAGAAAGCCAUAACCUUUUCCCAUUUAAGACAUUUAAUUUUGACCUGGUAACACUGCUGAUAUGUUUAGUACAAGCAAAUAGUUAAUAUUAAAGAAAAAGGGAAAUUUUGGCAACGUGUCUACAAAUAAUUUAUUACUAUCGAAGUGAGACUUAACGCCAGGGUCAGUGAAAUCAUUUUGAUUGGACUAAUCUGGAUAGAUUGUAUACUUUUAUCUUGCAGUGCUGUGAGGAUGAAUUGGUUGCACUUUUUUUGCCUUCACUCAACUGUUGGCCUGCAAAUACACGGCAAACAGAAAUGUAUUACAAUUCUGUCACAAGGGCAUUUGUUUUUAAAGAUAAUACAAAGUUGUAAUAUCCAUUUAAAUCCAAGUUAGUUUCCAUGGUAACAGACCCACCCUCUCUUCUGCAUUUUGUGUUUUUGAGUGCUACUAGUGCAGUGAGCGGCUUAGCUUGUUUAAGCAGCUGGCUGUGCUUUCUUUUGACCUCAUAGCAUCUACCAUUAUGAUGUCCACUUAUUUUCAAGAAGCGGUUAAGUGUGUACAACACAAUGAUGCUGGCCUUUCUCACAUGCCUCAUUCAUUUUAUUGUAGGAAGUCUGUAAGGCAAAACAAAUCGACUAAAGCUAAGUCAUUUCUCAAUAGAUGAUGCCUAAACCUGAGUUACAUUUAGGACCGUUACCCUGGGCGCCACACACAUUGUUUACCUUCAGGAUUUUAUGAGUCUUCACAUCCUUGAACUGCUAUACAAAAAAAGUGUGCACACUUCACAAAUAAUGUUGACUGCUGCUGGCGAUGAUUGUAAUGGAUUGCACAAAAAUCGAUGGCAUGCUUAGGCGCUACUUGCAACGCUUCGCAGAGAGAUUGAUGUCAACCACAUUAUUUCCAUUUUAAACCUUUUCCAAAAUGUAGAUUGAUCCUAAGUAUAGCCUAGGGUAUAUUGGGAUGAGUGUUAACUGCUGGCUAAUAAGGACUCAGUGGUAUGGGUUCAGUGUGGUAAGAGGGUGGCCAUAAUCUGAUCUGUUUGGUUUACAUCUACAAUGGUUUUAUUUCAGACCCCUUUGUCCUUUUUAUAUAAAAUGUACUGAUUUAUAAUAAAUAAAAACAGUGUUGAUCUUUUGACUGUUGAACCAUGGAAA